CCAAGAUGGCGCGUGACAGGAGUUCUUCUGCAGUCAACGCUUUAACUGAAAACACACUCUUUCUUGGACCUAAAGUCCCUGAUGAGGUGCGAAGGAUGAUCCCACACUUAAAGUCCUUAGAUAAGSAAGUAUUUAGGAAGAUUUUACAAGUUAUAAUGGCUUCUUUAGAAGGCAAACAAGUUGAAGAUGGGAUUUUACACAAGAUMUCGGCAGAUAAUGUCUCUGAAGAUGUAGUUGGAUCAGUGUUUGCUGGCAUGUUCACAAUCCUGACCAGUGCAUUGAGACUGCCAUUGUCAUCCCUUAAGCCAGAACAAUUCCAAGCUGAUUUAGAUGAAGUUAGGAUACCAAGAGAAUUGAUUCCAGAUCUAUCAAGUAUUGUCUUUGGAGAAAGGAGAUCACAAUUAGAUGAUGCUGCCCUUGAACUUGGUGCAAGACUUCCAAAACUAGAUUCUCUCAGGUGGAGAGUUGAUGUUGCAAUUUCUACAAGUGCUUUAAAUAGAGUAUUGGAGCCCUCCAUUUUGAUGGAAACAAAACUGAGUAAUGGAGAUAUUCGAACAUUUGAGGUACCAUUGUCCAAGUUUCACCAGCUCMGGUAUAAUGUUGCUUAUGUACUCAAAGAGAUGGAAGAUGUUGAACACAAGAGUAUCUUAAAGAUUCAGGAUUGACAAUUCAUACAAACCAUAAGUUAGCGUAAAUACUUGAGGAUUAUCAGAUAGCUUUAUUGUCUAUAUGUGUAGGAACUCACACUACCUUGAGUACUAUUCAUAAUUUAUUUUGAAYGUUUUCAUGUGUUGCACGAGUGCAAUAAGUGCAAUAUUUAAGAACUUUCAAAACAUCAGUAGCUUUUAAUUAUGAAUCAUUUGAGAAAUUUGUGCAAUUUUUCAUUUAUAGUGCACUCAAUAAAAUCAUAUCUUUUUACUAACAAGCACAUGCUUCUCAUGACAACUUAAUAGGUACACCUUCAGAGCACAAUCAUAAGGAAUCAAGUUGUUUUAUUGAGUGUACUAUGAGAUAUUUUUAUUUGUGUGUGGGUUCAUAGUCAAAGGGUUGUGCUGGUGAUAGAAAAGAGGUGACUACAGUGCUAUAAACAGAYGGUGACUAUGUGAAAUUUCUAUAGUAAAGAUGUUAAUAAAACAAGUGAAUAUUAUAGAGAUCAAAUAAGAUUGUGUACAACAUUUGACAAAACAAUUAUGUGAUUCUUUAAAAGUAUUGAAAUAUUAAUGCAAAGUUUGCAUUGAAAAUAUAAUUCAAAAAUCAUUGUUAAAAGUACUAUAGAAUAUCAAUACAGCAAAACUUAAAUUUCUUCCAAAAAAAACAACAACUAAAGGUGAAGAGUAGAAGCUAAUUAAUUGAAAGAAAAUGAUAGUUGAUUGUGAUCCUUUAUUUUGUCAUUAAUCCAGCUCUGAAGUGUGCAUUCAAGCAAUACCUGCACAGCUCAUUAUUACCAUAAUCGAUCACUGUUAUGCCUGGUUACAGAUCAACGCGCAAAAGUAUGAACAUGCACAUUAAAUGUAUUCACAUACUUCUA